GUUAUUCAUUCAGUUAUUGUUGGUCGACAAACGUGAGGUGUUUUCGAAAUAGAAUUCCCAAAGAUAAUAGAUAGUAACACGAAAAGAAAGAAAAAUACAAAUAAUACGAAGGCAUUGCAAAAUGUCCAGCAAUUGAAUCAAAUUCGAGCAAUUCGAGUCCAGGCCCCAAUCGAUGGCCCUGCAAUGCGUGAUCAAGCCAAAAAUGUGGCUGGGCCUUAAGCAAACACUACUCUAUGUGGGUCUACUGCUCUGUGUGGUGCUCCAGGUGUGUCGCAGCAAGACCCCACUGCAGCUCAACUGCCCCACCGUCUGCCAGUGCGAUCUCCAUGCGCAGCGCAAUCGAGCGAUCUGCAGAGCCAAGCGCUUGAUAAGCGCCAGCAUUGACAUGCCCAAGUCUGUGGAGCUGCUAGACCUAAGCUAUAAUGAUAUCACCAACAUUGACGCCGAUUGCUUCGAGAGCUCUGUGCAUCUGAUCAAUCUGACGCUGGCCCACAAUGCCAUCCAGACGCUGCAUGUGAAUGCAUUUGGUGAGCUGCGUCGCCUGCGCUCGCUGGAUCUCUCCUACAAUCGCUUGGAGCAGCUGGACGAGCAUCUGCUGGAGGGAAAUUCACAUCUGUUGCACGUCAAUCUGGAGGGCAAUAAACUGGCCAGCCUGGGGUCCGGGCCACUGUUGCGCAGCAGCUCGCUGCGGUCGCUCAACUUGCGCAAUGCCCAGAUCAGUCAGCUGGGCGUGGAGCUGUUGAGCGCGCUGCCCCAGCUGCGGCAGCUGGAUCUGGCACAGAAUAUGCUGAUUACAGUGAACAUUCAUGUGUUCCAUGCGCCGCGCUACUUGGCCUCGCUCAACCUGGACGAGAAUCCGCUCAACUGCGACCGGGCGCUAAUUAAGGUCGCGACCUGGCUGAAUUUGCGUGGCGUCGCUGUCAGCAUGAGCGAGUGCCUGGAGGAGCGGCUGCCAACCCAUCCGCUGGACGUGCAGGCGGAUGGCGAUGUGGAGGAGAGCGGGAGCCCCUCACUUGCUGAAACACUGCAAAUGGAGCGUAUGGAGCACGUGGACAGCGACAGCAUCGCGGAUGAGCCCAAGUCGGUGGCCGAAGUGUGGCGCGAGCUGCCCGACGAUGCGAAUUCCGAUGAACAGCAGCAGUCGGAGCAGCCGGAGCAGCCGGAGCUGCAGCCCGAGGGGCAGCUAUCAACGCUCAUCGAUGUGUGUGAGGGAAAUCGCGAUCAGCUCUGCCUGCGCUAUCGCAACUGUCUGGAACGCGUCAGCCACGAGCUGCUGGCGGGCAACGCCGGGCAGCCGCCCGAACUGGUGCAGAGCCCCAACACAUUCGACGAGGACGAUGUGAAGCUGGCCUUCGCAGUGGGCGGCGCCACCGGCAUCUGCAUGGUCAUUUUCAUAAUCAGCUUUGCCCUGUGCAUUAAGAGCGGCUGCGAGCUGCGAAAGAAGCGAGGCCAGCCCUCAGCCAAUGGAGAAGCAUCCACAGUGGAAUCGUUGCCGCCGCAGCAGCUGCCCACGAUUCACACCUGGGCGCCGCCCACGGUGCCCACGCGUAAUCCGCGUCGCUCCAAUCCGCAGCGAAUACGAAAUGCGCCGUCGCGGGCUCUGGUCCGUCAGCCCUAUGGACCCGAUGACAACUUUGUGUCGCGUCUGUUUGGGCGUCCGGCCAGGCAUCAGUACUAUCGCGCCAUUAACCAGAACACGGCGACACUAAUCAGACGUCUGAGUCGCAGUAAUCUGUUUAGCACUCGGGAUCGGGAUCAGCCAAGCAGUCCAGAGACGCCGCCAGCGGCCACAGCGAGAUUCUACACAGAUGUUGUGGAGACUGGCGCAGUGAGACCGGAGACUCCACCCCCCAACUAUGGCGAUGUGGUGGUCAUUGAGAAUUGUGAUAGGAAAUAGAAUAAAUCAAGCCUCGAGCUCCCUUUAAGCACACACACACACACAGCCACAUUCAAGCAGUAGGCAUUAUAAAAUAAAUCUUUAAGCACGACUUAAGGCGACGUCUUUAUAGUUUA